AUGAUUACAUAUUCCAAAUCUCACUUCUUGCUCUCUGAGUCGUCUCCAGAGUAUGCUGCGUUCGCUCUUGUUCUCGCGGCUGUGAGUUUUCUCAUAUACCGUUGGGCAUUGCCUAAACCCAUUCCUGGCAUUCCCUAUGACAAGAAAGUGGCGCGCAGUAUAUUCGGUAACUUGCCGGAACUCAUAUCCUGGCAGAAAGUCCAUGGCCGACCAAUCCUUUACAUGACAGAUUACUGUCGCCGCCUAAGCAGUCCACUGGCGCAAGUUUGGCUGGGUCCUCUCAGAAAGCCCGUAUUGGUGGUGACCGAUUUCACUGAGAUCGAAAACCUUACGCAGCGUAGGGCUAAAGAGUUCGGUCGAGGUCGGGACUUUACCCAGUCCUUCAGAUAUGUGGUACCGGAGUUUCAUGUUGCCCUGGAGAAAGAAGACCCAAAAUACAGCGCAAACAAGGAUUUGUUGAAGGAUACUAUGACACCAACAUUCCUGCAAAAUGUGUCUUCUCCACAGAUUUAUAUGAGAUCUAACAAUCUAGUAAGUUUGUGGAAGUUCAAGCAUGAACAUGCUCGUGGCCGGGCAUUUGACGCUUUCGAAGACAUAUUCAGCGCUGCUUCGGAUAUGAUCCUUGCGGCAGCUAUCGCAGUGAACGAUGAAAACAGCGCUAUUGUUCAACAGCUGAAAUAUCUCGAGUCGUUCGAGGGAGAACUUCCUCUGCAAUUCGAUGAGAGAUUCAACAGCGUUAUUUUCCCACACUUACCGAACCUUGCUCACAUCAAGGGCCUGGAGAGAUUGUCUCACCACAUCGGCGAACAGGUUCUUAGUGCGUUUCCAAACAUAAUGCACUAUUACCGUCUACUCAAAGAUAACGUAUUGCGUCAAUCUUACGCUUGGGUGAAAAGAUUCGAGGCUAUGGAAAUACAGAAAUCUGUCUCCCAUUUGGAAAACAAGACCAUAACAUCUGUCCUGGAUCAUAUGGUGAAGCGCGAGAGAAGAGCGGCGGAUAGUAAGGGUAUCAAACCGGAUUACUUCAGAAACGGUAUCUUCGACGAGUUAACUGGCUACUACCAAGCUGGCCAUGAAACUAGCGCGACAACUAUAACCUGGACUCUGAAAUUUCUUGCUCAGAAUCAGGAUUCUCAAGACAAAUUGCGCAACAAUUUACGUCAAUACCAUGCGGAAGCCUACCAGGCAGGUCGACAACCAACGAAGGAAGAGAUUGCAGGUGCCGAUAUCCCAUACCUCCACGCGAUUAUUGAGGAAACACUUCGAAUGCGACCGCCUUUUCCUGCUCUGAUGCGCUCUACUCUAGUUGAUACUGAGAUAAUGGGGUACAGAAUUCCGAAAGGAACUACCAUUCUCAUGCCGUCGAGUGGACCUGGAUUGGAUGAGCCGGCUAUACCUGUUCCAGAGGAUCUACGAACCAAGUCUGAUAUCACUAAAAGACGUCCUGACUGGUCGCCAGAAGACGUCCAUCUGUACAACCCAGGUAGAUGGUUGAAAUGGGACGAGGAAUUGGGGGAGACAAGAUUUGACCCUUCAGCUGGGCCUAUGCAGUCCUUUGGAUUUGGGCCCAGGCAAUGUUUUGGGAAGAGGUUGGCAUACAUACAGCUGCGGACGCUUGUCACCCUACUUUUCUGGAAUUUCAAGUUUGUAGAACUUGAUGGAGAAAUCGCGUCACUUCAAGGUCAUGAGUCGACUACACUCAUUCCAAACUACUGCUACGUUAAACUGGAGGAGUUAGCAGCCUAG